ACCUCCCUUCUUCCCACGUGACCAAAGCCCCUCCCCCUCCCCUUAUAUAAACUCUCCAUUUCCAACCUUUUGUAACAUAUACACCACCACAAUAUUCUUACACUGUCUUCUUAUCCUGGAUAAAGUGUGCAUGGAAAUGGAGCAUGAGAAUAAAUCAGUCAUGGAGGAAACCGGCGUGCGGGCUGUGAACUACCGGGGAGUUCGCAAGCGUAAGUGGGGGAAGUGGGUGUCGGAGAUCCGGGAACCCGGCAAGAAGACCCGGAUUUGGCUCGGAAGCUUCGAGUCGGCCGAGAUGGCCGCGGUCGCCCACGACGUGGCCGCGCUCCACCUCAAAGGCCGCGAAGCUCGGCUCAAUUUCCCGGAGACCGCCGACCAGCUCCCCCGGCCGGCCAGCUCGGACCCGAGCGAUAUCCGGGCCGCCGCCCUCGAAGCCGCCUCCCGGUUCCGGUUGAGACCGGAAUUCUCCGGCCGGCCCGGCCCGGUUAGCUCGGGCUCGCCGGCGUUCGAGAGGCUGUGGAAUGAUGAGCUCGGGCUCGAGUCGCCGAAUAUGUGGGUGGAGAUGGCGGAGGCGAUGCUGCUGGACCCACCGGCCUGGUCCAAUGACACUGGUGAUCAGGCGGAGGAUUGGUCGCAAGGAUCGUUGUGGGAUCCGUCGGUGUAGACUAUAUAUAGAUGGCAGGAUUUGAAUUUGUAUUCGGGAAAUAUAUCAUAGUUAUUAGAAGAGGAAUAUUCUAGAUUUGAAUUUGUAUUCGGGAUAUAUAUAUCAUAGUUAUUAGAAGAGGAAAAUUCUACGUGAAUACAGAUGAAAGUAUCAUCAUUAUUUGAAAUAAGAAGAUAAAGUGAACGUUAUAAGUUU